AUGAAAACAAAUCAAAUCCCACGCUUAUUUUGUGUUGCUGAUUAUGACAAAGAAAAUUUCAAUUAUGCCACCAAACAUCAAAGAGUAUAGUCAUCAAUGGCACUCAGAGACAAGUCAUCAAACUCAUUCCAUACGAUGAUUCCACAGUAAAAACCAUAAUUGAAAUUGAAUGAUGAAUCUAGCAAUCGAACAAAGGAAGGAUUUCAUAGAGUCAAAACAGAUUCUAAUAUGCCAAUGCCUUUACGUAAUGGAAGAAACCUCAGUAUUACCAGUGGAGUUACUACAUUAUUAACAAAUAAAAGUUUUUUAUUGCCCUAAAAAAGUGAUAAUCCCUAAUCAGUCAAUGCAUACAAAAAAGAAAUAGUCACAUAUAUGAAAGAAAAAAGUGUAAUAAACCUAAUUUAAAGUAGUGUCGAUCAAAUUACAAAAUGAAUGCUUUUUAAUUUCAAACUGAGAUUACCGAAAAAAUGCGUAGCAUCUUACUUGAUUGGAUAGUGGAUGUUCAUUUCAAAUUCAAAUUGGAUACAGAAACACUAUUUUUAACAAUUUCGAUAAUUGAUAGGUAAUUAUUGAAUUAAUUUGAGAGUACUUGAAAUUCACUAGAUAUCUAAAUCCAAAUUCUAACUUUAUGGAGUGACAGCCUUGUUCAUAGCAUCCAAAUACGAAGAAGUGUAUUCUGUGCCUCACGUAAAGGAUCUUGUCUACGUUUGUGACAAUGCAUAUACAAAAGAGGAGAUCUUGGCAACAGAGGGCAAAAUCAUCUCAUUGUUGGGAUUUGAUUUGCUUACAACAAGUCCUUUGAGAAUGUUGAAUGUCUAUUAAGAAACAGCAAAAUUGGAUUAAAAAAACUACAUGCUAGCAAGGUAAUCUAAAAUAUUUAAUAAUUUUAGAUAUUUAAUAGAACUAUCAAUUUUGGAGUACUCUAUGAUCUAAUUUUCAAAUAAUGUUUUGGCUUGUGCAUCCAUUUAUUUGGUACAUAAGAUUAGACGAAUCCAUCCAUCAUGGAAUUAGGAUUAGAUGGUUCCUCUUACUGGUUUGAAUGAAGUAGAAAUUAGAAGCUGUGCAAAGGAAAUGUGCAGUUUAUUGCAAAAUUAAGAUAAAAAAUAGUUUGCAUCAAUUAAGAAAAAGUUUUCGAUGCCAAAAUAUUUUGAAGUCUCAAAAAUAAGAAUAGAAAAGAAACCUUCACAAAAUCUAUAAACCCUACAAUAAUGA